AUGGCGCCGUACCGACCGCCACAUAUGCGGAACCAACCUCCGCUGCCGAAGCUGGUGUGUUCGAAUCGGGAUGAGGUCAUCCGCACCCAGCCGAGCCAGAGCGACACCAUUGCCACCUUGACAGCGAACCUGGCGGAGGAGUUCCACGUGCCAGAAGAGCUUAUCAGUCUCGCGAAAGAUGGUGCAGCGCUUCAGGACACCAAAAAGGAGUUGACCACCCUAGGUGAUUGCACCAUACAUGUGACCGUCAAGCCAGCGAGUCACGAGCAGAUGGAGAACUACAUCCGCUCGAAGGGCUCUGAUCACUUCUUGGGUGCAGAGUUGAAGUUGACAACCAACGCAGGCGAAGAGCUUAAAGGAGAGCUUUACUGCAUACAGGAGCAAGAUAACUCUUGCAUUUUGCGAGAGAAGCUCAACAACGGAUGCGCCAACUAUUGGUGGCUGAAGUGGAACAUUAUCACUAGCAUUAGCAUUGAGAGCAUGCCGGACAAGAAAAGGGACCUAGGUUGCCCAUUGCUCUCGGAUGAGAGCUGGCGUCCCUCAAGGGCCAAGGGCUCCGGCUCCAAGGCUCUCCAGAUCGCACGCGAAGAUUGCACAAGCUGGGAGGCCUAUACCUAUGCUGCCUAUACUCGAGUAUCCCCGGAUCUGCCAGAAGGCCGGACGAGGUUUUUCCCACCCGGAUGGGAGCUCCUAAACCCCUAA